AUGACAGGAGACGAAAUAAUCUUGGAGAUGUUACGCAGACAUAGGGUUGAUGUUAUCUUUGGGUAUCCCGGGGGAGCAGUAAUGCCUAUUUUUGACGCGAUAUAUCAGGCAACUGAAUUUGACGUUAUAAUCCCACGCUAUGAACAAGGGACCGGCCAUAUGGCAGAGGGAUACGCGCGUGCGACUGGAAAGCCCGGUGUUAUCUUGGUCACCUCUGGUCCAGGCGCUGCCAAUACCAUUACUGCGCUCUAUGAUGCUUACAAGACGGAACGCCGCUAUUAG